AUAAUACAAUGACACAAAAGCCAAACAAAUAAAAAUUUCAGAAAAAUCGCCAAUUCGUCAGAUCUCUCUGAAUAAAAGCAAUCGCCCACCUACUUCUCUCCUUUCCUUCGCUCCCGCGCCAAUAUACAAAUUCCUCAGCUCAGUACACUUCCUCCACUCUGCAGUGAUCUAGGGUUUAGGUGAGAUGGCGGCGGAGGCGCCAGCGAGUCCGGCGGCAGGGAGCCAUGAUAGCGGAGGGGAGCAGAGUCCGCGCUCGGGAGUGAGGGAGCAUGAUCGCUACCUGCCGAUUGCGAAUAUCAGUCGCAUCAUGAAGAAGGCGAUCCCUGGAAAUGGCAAAAUAGCCAAGGAGGCUAAGGACACCAUCCAGGAAUGCGUCUCUGAGUUCAUCAGCUUCAUAACUAGCGAGGCUAGUGAUAAAUGUCAGAAAGAGAAGAGAAAGACGAUUAAUGGGGAUGAUUUGUUGUGGGCAAUGGUGACACUGGGGUUUGAAGACUAUGUUGAGCCACUUAAAAUUUACCUGGCUAGGUAUAGGGAGGUAAGCCUCUCAAUUUGAACUGUUUUUUGUAGUUCAGCUUCUAUGGUUAUUCUGUUUGUGGAUUAAUUCUACUUAAGUAUCUGUUUUGGUUUCUGAAAGUUUAAGGAGAAGAAGAUUGAAAUCUCGAAUUUCUUUGUGUUUAAAAUUCAGAAACUGAAUGUUUUUGUUUCACUCAUAUUUUUCUGUUAAUGACAUGCGGUUGUCUGUGUAAAUUUAUCUAACUAUGUUUUUCUUCUUCUAUGCAUUUAUGUUGGGAAUGAAUGCAAAUUCACAGCUGGAGGAAAAAAGAAAAAGAAAAAUCCCCCUCACUCUCCUCUGUGACUACGAUUAAAUUGUCCCUAAACCAUUUAAACUGGCAGGGUGAUGCCAAGGUAUCUGCAAGGAGUGGAGAAGGAUCUGUAAAAAGGGAUGCAGUUGGAAGUCUGCCUGGCCAGAAUGCCCAGGCACAGGGACAGCAUAUGAUUGUUCCAUCGAUGCAAGGCUAUCAGUAGUACUCCUUGCUACUUUUACUAAUUCUAUUUUAUAAGUUUUAGGCUGGUAGUAAUGUUUAGUUAAACAUCUAUAGAGGAUCCUUAAUUUGAAAUUACAUUUUAUUUAUCCAAGGUGUAUUUCAGAUGGGGUAAUUUAGUUGUUAGCGGUGAUUUGAAACUCCUACGCCAACAGUUACCGCAGCCACAAAUUGGGCACUCUCUUUUAUAAUAUAUCUUGAACAUUAGAAAAGAAAAUUGUUCUGUAUACUAAUGGUAUUCUGUAAAAUUGGUUGAUGAGUUCAUAUGAGCAGGAACUUGGUUACAGAUGUUACAGCAGAGUUUGGAAGAAUCAUUUCCUUUUGUAUAACCCUUAAACUGAAUAUCUACCCAAUAUUUUCUUGGAAUUUUGUGACUAUACAUGCAACACUCUGUGAGACUAUCCUGGAAACAGAAGCACGUGACAUCAUUUGCCUCGCAAGGAUUCCCCAAGAACUUGAUCAGAAUUUGCAACAAAGCAAUUCUUUUGUAAUAUCUCCUGUCCAUUAUCUCCGAUGGAUCAAGGAGGACAAGGCUGAGAAUUCAGAAGUUGAUGUGCAGAGGGUAAAUAACGUGGGCAGGUGGAUGCUUUUGCCAACUGGGACCCUGAAAGGUCCAGCUCACACCACCCCAACCCCAUGAUAACCCCUCACCUCUCAAUUUUAUAAUCCCGUUUAAUAUCUGACUGAGGCCAGCGCAGGCCUCAUGGGGGGCUCGGACAAGAGACAGCACAGCCAAUAGAUUCACAUUCUCUGAUUUUGUUGGUCAAAGCUGUAAUGUCCGAAUUUACAGUGGUACCCCUCGUGCCAUACAGCUGGCCACGUUUGUUUUUGCAGAGAACGAGAGAAAGAAAGAGAUUCAUUUUCAUUCAGGUAACCUACUCACCCCCUCACGUGGCCUUUGUUCCUUCAAACCCAGAGUGCUUCUUCGCAUUCGCAUCAGUCAGCAGCAGACUCCAUGCCUUCUUCCUCCUUUAUAUUUUCUCUUCUUCCAAUGUGUUUUUUACUCACUCGCUAUCUUGUCAUUUGUACAACACGCGGCUUCUUCCAUACAAGCAAUGCAAUGCCUCCCUCCCUAGGUUUUGGCUAAUCAUGCAAAUUACCUCCUCAACUUGUUGAUAGGUGGCAAACAAGCCCCUGAAUUGAAAACAGUAACAAAUGACCCCUUAAACUCGUCAUCGGUGGCGAAUCAACCCCUUCUCCAACGGCUGAUGUCAUCAUUCCGUCCAA